GGAAGUUUCAGUCAUGUCAGAAAAGUUUGAGCACCUUGAGGUGGUCCUCGCCUCCAGAAAAUUUAAGUAAAUUUCAGAUGAAAGUUAAGGGCCAUUAUUGUCAUUUUCAUCCUUCUGGUAGGCAGGAAUUCCCAAUUUGCAAGCCAUCUCUCUCUCUCUCUCUAAAAUUGGUGCAGAGGAAUAUGCCGUGUGAGCUUCUCUUCAAAUUCUCAGAUGCUAUGUCGGCUUUAAAAGCCAUUCAUUUCUUGUUCUUUCUUCUUCACCCGAUUUGCAGUUUCUAAAAGUAGCCAAGUAGCAAGCUUUCUAUCAACUGGACAUUUUUGCUAGAAAGAGGCUUAGGAUCAUUAAAACCUUUUUAGGAGAUCAUCUUUGAGAUUGCUAUGCAAACUCACUAAGGAUGCUUCUUAGUUUAUCACUUUUGGAGCAUUCAGCUAGCCUAUGAAAAGGUGAGUAACCUAAUUAGUUUCCAUAUCUCCAAACAUAUUAUUUAUCGAGAUGGGAAAGUGCACCAGUAAUCAAUGGAUUAUGGAAUACCAUAGUCCAUGAGGGCUGCAACUAAAAUGAAGUAUGGUGAUGAAGAGAGAAUAGGGCUUACCAGAACAGGAGACAAUCCAAUGAUGGUCCAUCCUUAUCUCCUUCACUGUCCAGGACAUCACUUGUGGCUUGAGUUACAUAAGCCAAGGUGGAGGUAAAAUGCUUACAAGGAAGAAUUCCCGGGGUCCCUUAUUAGAGAACCUCGGAAUGGAGAGGGUCAGAACUAUUUUGACAUACAAAUAUCCUUACCCACAUGAACACUCUCGACAUGCCAUGACUGCAGUGAUUGUCGCUUGUCUUUUCUUCAUCUCAUCCGAUAAUCUGCACACACUCAUACAAAAGUUAGACAGCAAUGUCAAGUGGUGGUCGAUGUAUAUCGGCUUGGUGGGCUUCUUCUAUUUCUUCUCGUCACCUUUUAUUCGGAAGACUAUUAAGCCAAGCUAUUCGAACUUCAGUCGUUGGUAUAUUGCAUGGAUUUUUAUUGCUGCAUUAUAUCAUCUCCCAAGUUUUCAGUCAAUGGGAGUGGACAUGAGGAUGAACCUUUCUUUAUUUCUUACGCUAUACCUCUCAUCUGUACUCUUUCUCAUUGUUUUCCAUGUCAUAUUUCUUGGCCUUUGGUAUGUGGGGUUGGUAGCUCGUGUGGCUGGUAAAAGACCUGAGAUUUUGACCAUCAUUCAGAACUGUGCUGUUCUGAGUAUCGCAUGCUGUGUAUUCUAUAGUCAUUGUGGAAAUCGUGCUGUCUCAAAAGAGAAAUUACUAGAAAGGAGAAAUUCUGGCUUGUUCUCUUUCCCAUUUUGGAAGAAGGAAGAGAGAAGCAAAUGGUUAUCACAUUUCAUUCAUGUGCACGAGUUGAAGGAACAAGUGUGUUCAUCUUGGUUUGCCCCUGUUGGGUCAGCCAGUGAUUAUCCCCUUUUCUCAAAGUGGGUUAUUUAUGGAGAGAUAGCUUGUAGUGGAUCAUGUGCUGGCCAAUCAGAUGAAAUAUCCCCCAUUUAUUCAUUGUGGGCCACAUUUAUAGGACUUUACAUGGCCAAUUAUGUCGUGGAGCGCUCCACUGGAUGGGCAUUAACUCACCCACUCUCACUCUCAGAAUGUGAGAAGCUGAAGAAACAAAUGAAGCCCGAUUUCUUGGAUAUGGUUCCCUGGUAUUCAGGGACAUCUGCUGACCUGUUUAAGACAGUUUUUGAUCUUCUUGUCUCUGUAACUCUUUUUGUUGGUCGGUUUGACAUGCGCAUGAUGCAGGCUGCAAUGAGCAGGACCCCAGAUGAAGCUCAUAGCCAUGAUCUUUUCUAUGAUCAUUUAAGUGAAAGAGAAGAACUAUGGUUUGACUUCAUGGCAGAUACUGGGGAUGGUGGAAACUCUUCCUAUGCUGUGGCUCGAUUGCUUGCUCAGCCUUCCAUUCAACUUAAAGAUGGGAGUUCCUUGUGCAGCUUACCACGUGGAGACUUGUUUCUUAUUGGUGGUGAUCUUGCGUACCCAAAUCCUUCUCCAUUUACAUAUGAGAGGCGUCUCUUUUGCCCUUUUGAAUAUGCUUUACAACCGCCAUCUUGGUAUAGGCCCGAGCAUAUAGCAGUGAAUAAACCAGAGCUUCCCUUGGAGAUAUCAACGCUAAAGCAAUAUAAGGGACCUCAAUGCUUUAUAAUUCCUGGCAAUCAUGAUUGGUUUGAUGGGCUUCAUACUUUCAUGAGGUAUAUAUGUCAUAAAAGUUGGUUGGGUGGGUGGUUUCUACCUCAGAAAAAGAGUUAUUUUGCAUUGCAACUUCCUCAAGGAUGGUGGAUAUUUGGUCUUGAUCAAGCACUCCACGGGGAUAUUGAUGUCUAUCAAUUUAAAUUUUUUGCAGAAUUGACAAAAAACAAGGUCGGAGAAAAUGACUCUGUGAUUGUUAUGACACAUGAGCCCAAUUGGCUCCUCGAUUGGUACUGGAGUGACACCAGUGGCAAGAACGUGUCCCACUUGAUAUGCGAUUACCUGAAGGGAAGAUGUAAGCUUCGUAUGGCAGGGGAUUUGCACCAUUAUAUGCGUCAUUCUGCUGUUCCAUCGAAUAAUAAACCAGUUUAUGUGGAGCAUUUACUUGUUAAUGGUUGCGGUGGGGCAUUUUUGCAUCCUACUCAUGUCUUUUCCAACUUCAAGAAAUUUUGUGGAAAUGUUUAUGAGAACAAGGUGGCGUAUCCUUCAUAUGAAGACUCAAGUAGGAUUGCCUUGGGGAAUAUUUUAAAGUUUCGAAAGAAGAAUUGGCAAUUUGACUUCAUCGGAGGCAUCAUAUACUUUAUACUGGUGGUUUCCAUGUUUCCACAGUGUCAACUGGAUCAUAUAUUGCAGGAUGAUACAUGGUCGGGUCACCUGAAAAGUUUCUUCCUUAUAAUGUGGCGUGCAUUUACAUCCAUGUUGGAACAUUCCUACGUGUCUUUUUGGGGGAUCAUAGGUCUGUUGGUGGCUUCUUUUCUUUUUGUUCCUUCCAAAGUUUCUAGAAAGAGAAGGGCCAUCAUAGGCAUCCUUCACGUUUCUGCCCAUAUGACUGCAGCCAUCAUACUCAUGAUGCUUUUGGAACUUGGCAUUGAGACAUGUAUUCGCCACAAGCUACUAGCAACUUCAGGCUAUCAUACUCUAUAUGAAUGGUACCGCUCGGUGGAAAGUGAGCAUUUUCCGGACCCCACAGAACUACGAGCUCGGCUAGAACAGUGGACCUUUGGUCUUUAUCCGGCCUGCAUAAAGUAUCUAAUGUCUGCCUUCGAUGUUCCAGAGGUCAUGGCUGUAACCAGAAGUAACAUAUGCAAGAGAGGGUUGGAAUCUCUUUCUCGUGGGCAUGCAAUCAUCUAUUAUGCUUCAGUCUUUUUGUACUUUUGGGUCUUUUCCACCCCAGUGGUCUCACUGGUCUUUGGAUGCUACUUGUAUCUAUGCAUCAACUGGCUCCACGUCCACUUUGAUGAAGCCUUCUCGUCCCUGCGUAUUGCAAACUACAAGUCCUUCACCAGAUUCCAUAUCAGUCCCAAGGGUGACCUUGAAGUCUAUACCCUUGCCGUUGAUAAGGUUCCGAAAGAUUGGAAGUUAGAUCCAGAUUGGGACGGUGAGCUCAAGCAGCAGCAAAAGUUCAGCCAUCUGAGGAGAUACCCAAGUAAGUGGAGUGCAGCCGUGUCUAAUCACGACCCAUUAAGCACUGUCCGGAUUGUGGACCAAUUUGUCAUUCAUCGGACCUAUUCUUGUACUGACAAUACAAAAGAUUAAUGUAGCAUCAUCAGUCACGCACCUUUCUGUGGAUGUAAAUAUGUAUAACCAACACGAUUCAGGGGAGAGAGAGAGAGAGAGAGAGUUUGUGUGUUCUAGGUCCGGUCGAGUCGUAACUCAUCUCAUUGCAGUUUAAUCUAACAUCACGCCGAGAAAGCAAUUCCCAUUUUC